CCCUUCAGGCCGUCAGUUAAUAUUAUCACUAAUAGCAAGAAUGGGUGUUAACCAAACGUAAAUACAAGCUGAAUUUUGUCUUAUUUUUCGUUUGGUUUUAUUUGUUUGGAGAUCGAGGUGUUUUCAACGUGCGUGUGAAAAGUCGAGGAACUCGGAGGGUGCAAGAAUUGGAAGAAGCGUCGUCUGAGUAUGUACUGAAAGCUUCGCGUCCAAAACGAGAAACCACCUGUUUCAUCAAAUCGUCACUGCCGCUACACACUCGAUGAAUUGAACACAAAUCGAGCCUUCGCCUAUUGUCGAUUACGUGCAAUUCAUUAAGAAAAGACUCGAAAUUGUGAUGAAGCUGAACCAAAGACGACGACAUUAGGAGAGAAUCAUGUCAAGAGCCGAUAAGACCAAGUCUGGAUUCCUGGACACCCUGUUCAAAGGUUCUAAAAAGGGCACCGUCAGGGGCAACCAAUAUGGAGCCAGCCAGGGCCACCAUACUGGCCUCCCGAGGCCACAAUCUGAAUCGGACUUUGCCGAGGUUGAUGAGCCUGAGUUCAUGUUUGAGCAUUUGGAUGACAACGGUAUCAACGAACACUUUGAAAAGAUGCUGGAUAACCUCAAUCUCACCGAGGAGAAAAAGCAGCCGCUGCGCAACCAGCCCAUGAUGAACAAGCGCCAGAUGCUGAAAAUGCAAUACAAAGGCACCACUUCAAAAAACGACGAAAAAUUCCACACAGCCCACGACUACAUUGAGUACCUGCAGCAAAAUGAUCUGAGUGUGUCCAAACUACACAGCUGCGUGCAGAGUUUGAGAAUCGCACUCACCAACAAGACUUUGAAUUUCGUUCAAGAUUUCUGCACCAAUGGGCUGAAACCGCUCCUUAACCAACUAAAAAUGUGCAAUACUAGGGAAGGAAAACUGGAGAGGGUACAAUAUGAAUGUCUUCGCUGUCUGAAGGCUAUCAUGAACAACACCUACGGCCUGAAAGAAAUUCUCGGCAACAGAGAGGCUCUCAAGCAAGUUGCAAAUGCCCUAAAUCCUCUGCGUCAAACCGCAAUGCUUGAGGCGUGCAAAAUAAUGGCUGCCGUCUGCUUGCUGACGGAGGGCCACGAAAAGGUUCUGGAAGCCAUCACGACCGCCGUCGAAGGAGAGGACAAGGAUAGGUUCAUGCCCAUUGUUCGAGGACUCAUCAUGAAAAAUAAUGAACCUCUGAGGGUGGGCUGCUUGACCCUCAUAAACGCCUUGAUUACGUCGCCUGUGGAUUUAGACUUUCGAGUGCAUUUGCGCAAUGAAGUGAUGAGAGCUGGUCUCGGAGAACUUCUUUCUCCUCUGCAGCAAGAUGCUGGAGAUGAGUUAAAUUUGCAACUUAAGAUAUUCAUGGACCAUAGGGAAGAAGAUUCAGAUGAACUGCUGCAAAGGUUUGACCACCUCAGGUUUGAAAUGGAAGAUGCAAGUGAAUGCUAUGAAGUCCUGAAGAACCUCACGUCAGACACUGCUGCAGAGCCGUACUUCUUGUCAAUCCUACAGCACCUCCUUUUUAUCAGGGACGACCCAGUCAUUAGGCCAGCUUAUUUCAAGUUAAUAGAAGAGUGUGUCACUCAAAUUGUUCUUCACAAAAGUGGUUGUGACCCUGAUUUUUCGGCCACCAAACGUUUUCAAAUUGAUGUUGAGCCACUUAUUGAAGGAUUAGUAGAAAAAUCCAAAGCGGACGAAGAGAGAACGAAAGAGGCUCUGAAUGCCAAGUUGGAGGAAGCUCUGGCUCUGAAACAGGAGGCAGAGGCACGUCUUCAGGCAGCAGAGCAGAAGUUGCGGGAAAUUGCCAGCACUGGAGUUGCGAUUCCUAGUUCUGGGGUAGGAAAACUGUUAGGACCUAAUCCACCCCCUAUGCCUGGCAUGAUCGCCAAUCCUGGCGGCCCUCCACCUCCUCCGAUGCCUGGAGCGCCCCCUCCGCCGCCACCACCUGGUGCAAUGGGACCUCCUCCACCUCCAAUGCCUGGCAUGGGCCCUAGACCUCCUCCUAUGCCUGGAAUGGGAGGUCCCCCAAUGCCACCCCCACCACCAGGUAUGGGUCCACCACCUCCUCCUGGCAUGUUGGGACUACCAAAAGCACCUGACGUUUUGCCAUAUGGGUUGAAACCAAAGCGUAAAUGGAACGUUGGUGGACCAUUGAAGAGAGCCAACUGGAAAGCUAUUGUACCGCAAAAAAUGUCAGAAAAUUCUUUCUGGAUUCAAGUACGUGAAGAGCAACUGGCUUCGCCUGAUAUUCUGGAAGGACUGGCAAUGAAAUUUUCUACAAAACCAACUUCAAAAAAGAGUGAUGACAGUGUUGUGAAGCAGUCCAACAAAAAAAUCAAAGACCUAAAAGUGCUGGAUGGCAAAGCUGCCCAAAACUUAUCGAUUCUGCUUGGAGGCUCCCUGAAGCACUUGUCAUAUGAGGACGUGAAGCGCUGCAUUUUGCGUUGCGACAUCGACUCCAUGCCUGACUCUGUCCUCCAGCAACUCAUUUCGUACCUGCCACCGCCAGACCAGCUGAAAAAGCUGCAAGAUUUCAAGUCACAGUACAAUGAACUCACAGAGGCUGAGCAGUUUGCAGUUACUAUAUCAGAAAUCAAGAGGCUUCUUCCUAGGCUGAAAUCCAUGAGUUUCAGACUGCACCACGGUGAGAUGGUUCAAGACGUCAAACCUGAUAUUGUCGCUGGAACUGCUGCUUGUGAAGAAAUGAAAACCAGUUUGAAAUUCGCCAAAAUCCUAGAGCUCAUCCUUCUCAUGGGAAACUACAUGAACAGUGGAUCCAGAAACGAAGCUGCUUUUGGCUUUGAAAUCAGUUUUCUUCCCAAACUCUCAAGUACGAAGGAUAUUGAAAACAAGAGCACCCUAAUGCACUAUCUAGCUGAAACAGUAGAAAAGAAGUUUGAACACCUUUUGACCUUUUCCGACGAGUUAGUUCACAUUGACAGAGCUGCCAGGGUGUCUGUCGACAUGAUUGGCAAAACUUUGCGAAACAUGGACAUGUCCAUCAGAAAUUUGGAGACUGACUUAUCUAACUCGAAAGUGCCACAGAAUGCGGAUGACAAAUUCUAUGAAGUCAUGAGCGAAUUUGCGAAGGAGGCGAGACAGCAGUGUGAUCUUCUACAAAACAUGUUCAAAAAAAUGACAAGCCUUUACAAAGAUCUGUCUGAAUUUUAUGCGUUUGACAUGACCAAGUACACAUUUGAAGAGUUUUUCACUGAUAUAAAAACCUUCAAGGACACUUUUGUGGCCGCACACAAAGAGAAUGUCAAAAUUAGGGAGAUGGAAGAGAAGGCGGAAAGAGCCAGGGAAGCCAGAGACAAGCAGGAUAGGGAAAGGGCAGAGCGGAUGGCCCACAAGCAGGCGCUUGUGGACAUGGAUGGCACUGAAUUAGGUGUUAUGGACUCUCUGCUGGAGGCACUGCAUGAUGGCUCUGCAUAUAAGCAGCGACGGAAAAGAGCCCCAAGGGCAGCCGGAGCUGAACGAAGGGCACAGUUGAGUCGUAGCAGGUCGAGAACUGGUCUGGCCACAAACGCACUUACAGGACGAGAAUUAGGAGAACUGCUGGCUGCGUAGCACCUCAGCAAAAUAAUCACCAAGAGGGAAACACAUCAAAGUGCCUGAUUUUGUAUAACUUUUUUGGACAUACUUGUAGUAUUGCUGUGCGCAAUGCUGUGUUAAUUCCUGCCAGAAGUUGCAACACAAAUGAUGGACACCAAUACUUAUAAGUUUGCUUAUAAAUGAUGUCAUGAAAUUCCGACAAUGUUGUGCACGUGACCAGAUAUGAAAUUUUUAUUUAUAUUUUCAGAAUUUCAAUAUGCAAGGCAAAGUAUUACAAAUAUUGAUGAACUGUUCAUUUGUCCUUCCAAAUGGAACUUGUACUAUAGUGUACUAUCAAUCAUAAUAACGGUUAAGGUCGAUACAUAGAAGAUAUUUUUUAAGGAGUACAAUAAAUCAUUUAAACAUGCUAUUGCAAAAA